AUGGCAGGAGAUCAUAUUCCACCCAACCAAUUAGAUUUUCUGUCUGAUGGCUUAACUAGCCUCAGCAAAGGUGAACUGAUUUACAAACCUGGUAGUAAUGCACUCGGAGGAGGAAUUAUUGUCAGCUAUCUCUCUGCAGGUGACUCAAAAGCCAUAGCAAUGUCUGAAGUGGGAAUGGCGUUGAAUAAAACGGUGCAAGGUCCUGAGAAAAUCACUGCUGAUAUAAAACAUCAAUUAAUGAAGGAAAUUCGACAGUUUGGGCGAAAAUAUGAAAAAAUCUUCAAAUUGCUUGAAGAAGUACAAGGACCUCUAGAAGUGAAGAAAGAAUUGGUUGAAUUUGCCAUCAAGGAAGCAGCAAGAUUUAAAAGAAGACAUUUGAUUCAGCAACUUGAGGAGUUCCUAGAAAAAAUACAUUCCGACUAUUUUCAAGACACCCCAAACAUGUAAUUCUGUUAUCAAAAUGAUCCAUGAGAAAGAAGAACCAGAUUGUUGUGGUCUGGAAUGGAACAGGAUAUGGUUCAAAUCUCCUAGAAUGUGUUAGUU